ACUGUUAAGUAGAUGGCCAUAAGGCUAAAACCGCAAAUUAUUUGUAUUUCGAUUCCGUAUCUUUUAAUAAUGUUAGUUUAGUAAGACACAAAACACCUUUGAAAACGUUCGAAAGUCGUCUGUGAGAUUUGAUGAGCGAAAAGCGCAGCCCGACAAAACCGAAAGGUAGAGGGGUUCGUCCCGGCAAGCUGCAAGUGGGACUUGGAAAACACCGUAAAGAACUAGGAUUCACAAGACCAACAGACAGUGAUGCUGCCACCACAUCAUUUGACUAUAAAGCUCUGAGCAAAAAGCAGAAGUUUGCAAAAAUCGAAUCCUGUGUAAACAGUAAUCCUGCUGAUGUAGCCAGCCUUCGCCAACUGUCCAUUAGCCGUGGUGGGUUGCUUAGUAACGAGCUGCGACUGAAGGCCUGGCCGAAACUACUCGCUGUCAAUGUAUCUGACAUCUCUCCAAAGCCCUCGUCUGAGGAUCUCCAGGCUCACCGUGAUUACAGUCAGGUUGUGAUGGAUGUCAACCGGUCUCUGAAGCGAUUUCCGCCAGGGAUGCAAGAUGACCAACGGAUGGCCCUUCAGGAUCAGCUGGUUGACGUCAUCAUGAGAGUGCUCGUGAAGAAUCCCGAACUGCACUACUACCAGGGCUACCACGAUAUCUGUGUUACAUUCCUGUUGGUUGUUGGGGAAGAUGUUGCUUUCGCUCUGGUUGAGAAACUAUCCAUUAACCACUUACGAGACUUCAUGGACUCCAACAUGGACCGGACCAAGCACAUGUUGAAUUACCUGUACCCUAUCUUGUACAAAGCAAACCCCGAGCUCUGUGAAUAUAUGGAAAGUGCUGAAUUAGGAACUAUAUUUAGUCUGAGCUGGCUUAUCACCUGGUAUGGUCACGUACUGAAUGACUUCCGCCAUAUUGUGCGGCUUUAUGAUUUCUUCAUUGCCUGCCAUCCUCUUAUGCCAAUUUAUUUAGCUGCAGCGAUAGUUUUGUAUCGUGAGAAGGAAGUGCUAGCAUGUGAGUGUGAAAUGUGUUUUAUACACAGUCUGCUGUCCAAGAUUCCCGAUCAUCUCCCCUUUGAACAGUUAAUAGCUAAAGCGGGAGACUUGUAUCUUCAGUUCCCGCCAGCGGCUCUAGCAAAUGAAGCCAUUAUAAAAUUCAGAAAAAGCACGGCUUUAGAAAAUUCUAGAAAGCUACAGCACGGUAGUCGCAGUCAGAGCUCAGAUUCUCGUGUAAAGAAGUCUAAACAGAACGGUAAACUGUUGUCGCUGUUCAUCCCGGACGGCAGCAGCAAGCUGAUGAAGGUGACGGUGUGGACUCUCGGUGCGGUGCUCAGUGCGGCAGUUUUUGCCGUCUUCAAUGCCGCCGCUGAUUGGGAUUGGUUGGAAGGAAGAUGGUGGUGAUGUGCUAGACAAGAGGCUCGAGAUUGUUGGUUAAAACUGGGGUGCUUGUGUUUGGGAGGGGAACAAGGGGGGUGAGGUGGUGAUGAGCUAGACGAUAGCCUCGAGAUUGUUGUUAAAGCUGGAGGUGCUUGUGUUGUGGGAGGGAAGAGGGGGGAGCAAAACCUAUAUGUAGCAGGUCAGCUUUACAGUGUUGCUGUGUGGGUGUUGUGACGACUGCACCCACCCUCUUCCCUUUCCUGCAGGCUACCCAUGAUGGUGAGAGGUGAUCAGCUGAAAUAUUAACAGUCGGUUGAGAUUGAAAAGGGGCCCAAUUCACUAAACUGUUGUGAUCUUGCAGUGCAAUGUAAAAUACAUGCAAAGAUGAUGCCGUUUUGCCUAAGAGAACCUAAGCGAGCUUUGUGAAUUGGACACCCUGGUUUGUGCUUGGUACGAAACUGGGAGAGAUUCCUUUGAACAGACAGACACUUGAUGGGUGAAUAGUGGAUGCAACUAGUACAAUGAUUUAGUAACAGUGGACUGGAGUACACUAAGUGAGGCAGCUUUGUUAUGACAGGGUAUAGACUGAAGUUUUUAUUUUUUUAUUACUGAGUUGUCUGAUUGGGUGCAAGUGAUUUUAAAUUUAGGUGUGAUUGACUAGAGCAGUUGUUAAAAUGUGGCAUUGGAUUGUGAGUUGAUUAGAGCUGGGCGGUAUUGAAAUUUGAGGUUCGAUAUCGAUAGCAGUUUUUUGGGGGUUAGUUUACCUCGGUACAAUAUUCGGAAUUCACACAGUACCAAUUCUAAUAUUAAUAUCUAUCGGUAUUUUCUAUAUACUUUGCUUUAAAUGUAAUCCUGAGUUAAGGCUCAUCCACAUGUUUCAUCUAAAUAAAAUGAAAUUCCAUACACAAGGCUCUCGUCUCAUUUAUACCAACCCAUUUAGCGUUCAUUAGAGAUAUUGUUGGUGCUUUACUAAAUGGCGGGGAAACAUUUUUCAAUACCAAUAAUUCGGUAUUUUAAAAUUUGCUCAGUACGGUAAAUCGGUAUUGAUAUGAUACUGAUACUUUAUAGUAUACGCUAUGCUGUCCAGCUCUAGAAUUGAUGGAAACAUAAGUACUAGCUUGUUGAUUUUAGAUUUGAUAUAUCAAUGGUUUUGUCUAGUCCGGCUUGGAGCAUUCAAAAGACUACAGGCCAAUGUAAUUAUGGAUUGUUUUCUUUGUGCUGUGUGGGAGUGUAUUUAAAACAAAGCUGAAAGUGUGAAUGGGUUAAAAACGAAUGUGAGUAUGUAAAUUAUUAUAUAGAAAGUGAUUUGUUCUCUAAAACUGAAAUAUUUAUUUAUGUGAAUUCGAAAGUAAGGGGGAUUGGGAUAGCAGUGAAAAUUAUUAGACUUGUGCAGGGAGGGAACAAAAAAAAACCUUAUAGAUUAUUAAGUAUGAUUUAAAUUCAGUCAAAUUUGUACUAAGACGUGUUUAUUAAGCUCAGUAAUAUUUAGUUCUGUAACAGUUGGUAAAGAACAUAUUUCCUGUACAGUAAUGUUGAAAAUUAACAAAUACCCUGAGGUGACAUUUAUUUGCUGUCUUCUAUUUCAAAUUUUACAAACUUUAAGGUGGUCCGUUGGGAAAACCACCAGGUUUUGUAAAUUUAAAUUAAUUUCAUAUAAUAUUUAUUUAUUAAUCACUGGAUUCCGAAGCAGGUGUUCACCCAUGGCACUGUGCGUGUUCAAUACAUAUGGAAGUAAGAAGCAAGUCUUUUCAUGAACAUGUUUUAUUAAUUGUUUUAAUGUCAUAUUCGUUACUUGCCCGUCUUAGUUUGGGUUUGCACAUGAGUUCCUAGAAUGAGAUAAAAUUAAUUAUGACUUCAUAAAUAAAAUCAAAUGAACUAUAAGUUACAUACAACUAGUGUGAUAGUUUUGAGUAAUGAUCGAUGUUCAGUAAAUAUACAUCUGUGUAUUAAAAAUUAUGAAAAUGUGCAUACUUUACAUAUCACUAGUGUUUAGUUUAUGAGUUCAUACAUCAGUUGAUGUUUACAGCAUAACAACAUGACAAACAAUAAGUCUCAGAUAACUUUAAUUCAGCCACUACAUACUUAAUUCAUAGAGGAUAUGUCACGUUUUUUGUUUUGUCUCUCAUCAAAUGAAGUUGGCAAUUUUUACACUGGUUGUUACAUGUCACAUGUCAGUGUUUCUGCCGGAAAGAAACUUUUAGGUAUGGCGCUAUGGAACUGAAUGCAACAACAUUCAACGGGGGAGGGGGUGUCAAGAAAAAAAAGGGUUAAUUUUAGGGUUAGGGUUAAGGAAAUCAUACAAUAAUCAUGAUAUGAUUAAUUCAUUUUGUCAAAAAGUUAACGGGAAAAAAAAAAAUCUACAUCAUAUUUGGGGCCAUACCCGUUUUAUCCCCUGGCAGAAACCCUGCAUGUGAUGUAUAAUUGCAGAAUUAAUGAGAUGAAAUAUACCAUAUAUCAUGUGUGACAAAGAAAAUCAAAAAAUCAUUUUAUUAUGUAGCAUUCAUUAUUUUACCGUUAUUGUUAAAAAACAAAACAUACCACAAAUCCAUUGUAAACUAUAACUGACCAUUGACAUCGGUUUGAUAAGUGAUUUUGGUACAUAAAAAUUCAUGUUUAGUGAGCAAUUAAUGUUAACUUUUUAAAUGACCAAAAUGAUUCACUUUACAGCAGUCUUUAAAUUCUUUGAAAGUCUUUGAAUUGUAUGCACUUGAUAUUUUCCAAUUACACGGUUUAGCCUGUCAUGAUACAUGUUUACAUGUAAAAAAUUUUUUAUAUAUUCUUGCCUUGGACAGCAACGUAAACGUACUGAUUUGGUAUUUUUUACUGCUGUGUAAAAGUCUUUGUGAAAGUCUUUGAAAAUGGUAGGUAAAAGUCUUGAAAGUCUUUAAAUGUGUUUGGUCUUUAAGGCUAUGAACCCUGCUUUAAAAAGUGAUGUCACUGUAGUAAAAAUAUACAAAUCCAUUGACAAUUACAUGUAGUGUAAACCAGUUGUGUCUGUCUGAUGUGAAAUCGUUUCCCGAAAGCUGUUUACGAAUAUGAAUAUUCCUCCAAAACUGGACAUUUUCCAUGGUCCUUUUUUAAAAAUCAGUACAGAAAAUAACCUCUCUAAACUGGAUACCUCUCAAUACUGGACAUUUUACUUGGCCCCGAGGGUGUCCGGUUUAGAGGGGUUUCACUGUAUUUUGUCUCACUAUGUGGGCUUUGAGUAUAAACAUGAGUUAGUUCCAUCAUAUAUGUUUAAUAAAGAUAAUUUAAAUAUCC